CAGUUGAAUUUUGCACUUGCUUCUGUUAAGAAGUGAUUUUUUCCCUAUUUCUUAGAUUAUUCAUACGUUUGGGUGCACGUAAUUCUGGGUUUGUAGAUUCUAUAAUCAACAAUUCUCAUGCAAAUGAAAUAGAGUUAAGAAGAGUGAUUUGUUUUCGUGUUUAGUUUUGUUAGAAGUUCAAUUUAAAUCAAAUUGUAUUGACCAAAAGGAAAUGAUCAAGAAUACAGCCUAGUAAAAUUUUCGUAUCAAAAAUGAUGCAGUUGCUGUUCAUCUUUGCUGUCUGCUUAAGUACAGCUAUCGCUGGAGUGGCUUCAGCCCAACCCACUGCAAACACUCCAACAAAGGAAGCUCAAUUGCGUACUUUCAUUGAAUCUGGUGGAGUGAAUGGAGUGCGUAAGCUCAUUAAAGAUGGUCAUGUGAAUAUUAACAACAAGUAUGAUGAUGGUGAAGUGCCACUUUUGUUGGCUGUACAGCGUGAUAACUUAGCGAUGACCAUUAUUUUCAUCGAAAAUAACGCUGAUUUAAAUGCCAAGGACAAAAAUGGGUGGACAGCCCUUCAUAAAUCAGCGGAUAAAGGUCAUGAGGGUAUUGUGGAAAGGCUAAUUACGGCUAACGCUGAUGUGAACGUUACGAACGAUGAAGGAACAUCACCUCUUCAUUUAGCUGCUGCAAAUGAUCAUGAAAAAAUUGCGGAAUUUUUAAUUCUCAACGGUGCAAAUAUCAAUAUGAAAAAUAGCCGACUAUUCACACCGCUUCACGUUUGUGCACAGAAAGGUUCUAAAAAAGUGGCAAAUGUUUUGAUUAACUACAACGCUGAUAUUCAUCUGAAAGAUUUGAAUGAUUUGACUCCACUUUGUGUAUCGAUUGGAUCAGAUCAAGUACAAAUAGCUGAAAUUCUGAUAAGUGCUGGUGCAAAUGUUAAUGCAAAAGAUGUGAAUGAUUGGACACCUCUUCACUAUACGGCUGCGAAUAGUACCGCCAACAUUGCUGAGACUCUAAUUCGAAACAAUGCAAUUGUUGAUGCAAAGAACAAAGAGGGACAAACUCCGCUCGAUGUAGCUUCAACAUCGGGUAGAAACAACGUGGCCGAAGUUCUCAUCAAACAUGGCGCUGAUGUUAAUGCGAAAAAUCUUCGUGGAAAUACUCCACUUCAUACAGCUACGUUGAAUGAUAGAGCAAGCGUCGUGGAAACUCUGAUUAAGGCGAGUGCAAUUAUAAAUAUCCCCGGAGAGAAAGGAUUUAAUUGCCUUCAUUUUGCUGCUGAAGAUGAUAACGAAAAAAUCGCCGAAAUUCUCAUCAAAGCUGGGGCUAAUGUCAAUUCGAAAAACGAUGUUGGAUUCACACCAUUGCACACAGCAGUGUUAGGAAAAGAGAAGGUUGUUCGACUUUUACUUCGAAACGUUGCCGAUGUGAAUAGCAGAGAAAAGGAUGAAUGGACACCUCUUCAUCUUGUUGCUCGAAAUGGUUCUCAACAAAUUGCCGAGAUUCUAAUUCAAAACAAUGCAACUGUCAACGCUCAGAAUAAUCGUGGAAAAUCGCCUCUGCAUUUGGCAGCAUAUUUUGGUCAAGAUCAAGUUGCCGAAGUUCUUAUCAGACAUAAUGCGAGUGUAAACAUCCAAGACAUUAAGAAACAUACACCACUCCAUGUAGCCUCAGAGCUUGGUCAUGAAAAUCUUAUUGGAAUGUUACUUCGAGCUGGUGCCGAUAUUAACGCUUUGGAUGAAGACAAAUGGACUCCUCUGUACUCUGCAUCGUUUGCUGGUCAAGACAAAGCCGCCGAAAUUCUUGUCCGUAACAAUGCCAAUGUAAAUCUCCAGAACCAAGAAGGUAACACACCGCUUCAUGCAGCUGUGGACCAUGGCCAUUUAAAAGUCGUUGAAAUUCUCGUUUCAAACUUGGCUGAUAUCAACAUUAAGAAUAACGGCGAUUGGACACCGUUUUGUAGGGCACGUAAUCUUGCUCACAAAAAAAUUGAAGAAUUCUUAGCGGCACGUGGUGCGACCCAAACCUGUAAUGCCCGUACGAUCACAACCACCUCCAGGGCAAUGAAGAGUGGGCCAAAUCAAAGACAAAGUUUGAUUUAAAUCAAUCGAACACGAGUUUAGUAACGGCGGUGGGAAAUUAUUUAUAAACUUACGAUGCAACGAAAAGGACAUCGAAAUUAGAUUACAAAAAAUCGAUUGGAAAAUCUUAAUUAACAUUUUUUAGAUGAGAAAUAAAUUCUUAGCAGAAAA